AUGGCUGAACAAAGUGAUAAGGUGAUAGGUGAAAGUGAGGCAUCAAAUACAGCAAGUCAUGCUGAGAUAACUCUGUCAGCUAAUGCUAAAAGAAGGAGAAAACGAUCUGUUGCUUGGGAUCAUUUUACAGAAGUUGAAACUUCCGAAGGUACGAAAGCAAAAUGUAGCCAUUGCUAUAAGUUGUACUAUUUUAAGUCAAGAGAUGGUACAUCGACUCUUCUUGGUCAUUUGUUGACAUGUCCUAAACUUUCUACUCCUCUUGUUGAUAAAAAACAAUCAACCAUAGGCUUUAAAUCUAUUCUGGGGGGUAGUCAAGGUGAUGUAGCUAUUGUCUCUUGGAAAUUUGACCAAGAAGAGUGUAAGAAGGAUUUAUGUCGUAUGGUAAUAGUUGAUCAGCUUCCUUUUAGCUUUGUCGAAAAAGAAGGUUUUAAAGAAUUUAUGAAAAUGGCUCAACCUCAUUUUUAG